AGAUAAGUCGCGAGAGGUACCUUAGAUCCUGUCGUUUGCGUUUAGGACCGCUUUCGUUUCAUGAUGGUCCGUAGUGGAAAAAAUGGUGACCUUCAUCUUAAACAGAUUGCAUAUUAUAAACGAACUGGUGAAUAUCAUCCAACUACACUACCAAGUGAAAGAAGUGGCAUAAGAAGAGCAGCAAAAAAAUUUAUCUUCAAAGAAAAAAAGCUGUUUUAUGUUGGAAAAGACAGAAAACAAAAUCGUUUGGUAAUUGUUUCAGAAGAAGAAAAAAAGAAAGUCUUAAGAGAAUGCCAUGAAAAUGACACUGGAGCUCAUCAUGGCAUAUCCAGGACCCUUACUCUAGUGGAAUCCAAUUAUUACUGGACUUCUGUGACCAAUGAUGUCAAACAGUGGGUAUAUGCUUGUCAGCAUUGCCAAGUGGCAAAAAAUACAGUUAUUCUAGCACCUAAACAGCACCUUCUCAAGGUGGAGAAUCCAUGGAGUAUAGUUACUGUUGAUCUGAUGGGCCCAUUUCAUGCAAGCAACAGAAGUCAUGUUUAUACGAUAAUCAUGACAGAUUUGUUCACAAAAUGGGUUGUGAUUUUGCCUCUCUGUGAUGUUUCAGCAUCAGAAAUUUCUAAAGCUAUUAUCAAUAUAUUUUUCUUAUAUGGACCACCUCAGAAAAUAAUAAUGGACCAAAGAGAAGAGUUCAUUCAUGAGAUCAAUGUUGAACUGUGUGGAUUGUUUGGCACAAAGCAAAUUGUAAUUUCUCAUACCUCCCAAACUGUUAAUCCAACUGAAAGUACACCUAGCACAAUCAAAGCAUUUCUUUCUAAACACUGUGCUGACCACCCAAACAACUGGGAUGAUCACCUAUCAGCCAUUUCAUUUGCCUUCAAUGUAACUCACUUGGAGCCUCCUAAAAAUACACCGUAUUUUCAAAUGUUUAAUCGCAAUCCUUAUAUGCCUGAGACUUCAGAUGUUCUUCAUGAGGUGGAUGGUGAUGAUACAAGUAUGUUUGCCAAAAUUUUAGGUGCAAUUAAAGAAGCUGAUAAAAUAAUGGAGAAUAAGACAACUUCAGCAGGACAGAUGGAGAACAACAAUCCUGAUGAACUGAAUAAAAGCAAAAUCAUUGUUAAGAAGAAACCAAAGCAAUUAAAUCCAUUUCAUUUAAAAGUGGGUCAUGAAGUUUUAAGACAAAGGAAAAAUUGGUGGAAGGACGGUCGUUUCCAGUCUGAAUGGGUUGGACCUUGUGUCAUAGACUAUAUUACAGAAAGUGGAUGUGCUAUUCUGAGAGACAACACUGGGACUCGACUUAAAAGACCUAUCAAAAUGUCCCACCUUAAGCCCUAUGUAAGAGAGUCCAGUGAACAAGACAGUCUUUAUCUCUUACAAGGUUCAGUAGUGGCAGAUCAUGACUACAUUGGAUUGCCUGAAAUUCCAGUUGGAACAUACCAAGCAAAUAUUCUGGUAGAAGAUGCAGCUAUUGGCGUAGUCGAUACUGAAUUACUAACAUCAAGCAAAGAUCGUGAACUGUUAGAAUUUAGAAAUGCCAAAAUCUCUCCAUUGAUAGAAGAUCAUAGUACUCUUGAAAAGCAGACUUUCAGUCUGUUGGACUCUUCAAACCAAGUCCUUGAGUACUUAAGUUAGUAAAUACCAAAAUUCAUGUAAAGUGCUUGGUUAGAAAGUGCAACUCCUUGAAUCUUUAUCUUUUCCAUUUAAAAAAAAGUUGUAUAGAAGUGUCUUAACACGCUCUGAAUGACUAAAUCCUGAAGGUUUAUUUUAUAACUAUUAAUUUAUCUAAACUUGUGUCAUGUUUGAACGUCAGUACAUAUAUGUAAAGGCAAAGGAAGCAUAUAAUAUAUGGAAUUCACUUUUUCUUAUGAAAAUAGACUAGGCAAAGCAUGAUUGCUUCUUAGGAAGGAAACUAAAUUCCAGCUCAAGACUAUCAGAUCUUUCUCUGGUAUUAGUACCAUGUUUUCAGUUUAAUUUGGGGGGGGAAUAUUUCUCCCCUUUAAAAAAUAAGUUUGAACUGCCUAGAAUGGGAUUAAUAAAUAUUUAUUCAACUAUAACAAUGAAUUAAGUGAAACUUGUUUGUGUCAUUGGAACUUUUAAAAAUACUAUUGUAGGAAAGAAUUUAGAGUUGUUUAAUGGGCUCUUAUAGGACAUUGAUAAUUUCACCUUCUAGGCUCAGAAUUCGUAUCUGAAUCUAUAUAUUGGUUUGAAAACAUUUGUGCAUUUCCAUAACAUAUAUUAAAGUCAAAAGCACC